CGGGCAGCCACAACAGAACAGCAGCUACGCCUCUAAGAUGGACAACCCCACGGUGGACAAUGAUGCAGCUCGAACCCCCCGGCCCCACAGGCGUAGCAGGAGGGUUCCACUGCAACUUCUGCGGGAACCCUCGACGCUGCACCAGUCCGGCAGCAAGGAGAGACCAUGACGGCCUUCCUGGCCCGCCUGGGCACUUACAUGCAACAAGUCCAAGAGGAACAACAACGUGAGGCGGCAGCCGAAGAGGCACGUCUCAAUGCCAUUGCACACGCUGAAACGCAACGGCGCCGACAGCAAGUGGACGAAGCUGCCAAUCAUAACAAAGCUCGACGAGAUGCCGCAUCUGUCCUCAUGCAACAGGAAGCCGCUCAUAUUGCCACACUCCAAGCUUGGAAUGUUGAUCCGGUGGCAGCAACGGAGCCAACUAUGGAGGAACAGACCAAGUCAGCCCUUGCGAACAUGAUGUACCAAGUCAUCCUCACUUGUAAUUGGCAACAAGUGGGGCUGGCUCGGCAGGCGCGUACCAUUACAGAGCAUGAGGAGACUCUCAAGAGCCUCCACGCCCGCCUUGACAUGCUGGAGAAGGAUAACAUGCCGCACAGGCACACGACAUCAUCAAGCAUUAAUCCACCGAUCCGCAAGCUGGAAGAACGACUGGAUCAUCUAGUCGCGCUUGUCGAAAAUUUGAACAGUUUCCGACAACCGACGACCAUCAGCCAGCAAAUAUCUGCUCUACAAGCGGAUCUGCAUCAAUUGCAGCAGCAACCAACUGGGACCUGCAACAACGUGACGCCGAAGUUCAGCAUCGAGAGGUUUGAUGACUACCACAAGGCGGACCCCAUCAGUUGGUGGCAAGGGUUCACCAAUGAGCUCUCCAUCCACCUGGUCCCGCUCGAGUCGAAGAUCUCAGCACUUUACCUCUGCAACACCGGUGCCAACCAAGUGUGGCUCAACCACCUGGCUCAAACCAAAGGCGUAGAAGUCUCGAAGCUUUACACCAAGAUCACUUGGGAGGCUAUGACUGAGAAGUGGCGAAAACGCUUCAUCGUCGACGACGCUCAGGGCAAAGGCGUAAACCGGAUCUUCAACAUGCAUCAAGGCAGCCAGCCAACACGCGAAUGGCUAACCGAGUGGCAGAAAAUUGAGACGAUUCCAAAUCUGGACAUACCGUUUGUUCAUCUUCGUCGCGAAUUCUUCCAGCGGUCUGUUGACUCGUUGAGCACGGCCCUUGGGGAGCGCAGCUUGUACACGGACUUUGACCAGAUCGUGGAGAAGGCGCGCGAAGUCAUCCAAACCAAUCGGUGGGCAGCCAACGAGCGGCGAAGCCAACCGAAUUUUGUGGAAAAGGGCAAAGGCCCGCGGCCGCAGCAAGUCGUUGCUGUCCAAGGAAAUGGACAAGAGAGCGACCAUGUGAUUACUCACGAGUCUAGUGAAGGAGAUGGAGUCAACGCCCUUCCACCACGACGCAACAACAACAACAAGAAGAAGAAGGUGAAAUCUGCGUCAACAACGGAAGCCGGACAGCCGAAUGGGCCAUGGAAGAAGUUCAACCUCACGGAGGAGCAAUACAAACUCCGUCGGAGGUGGAGCUGUUGCUAUUUGUGCAACAACACCAAGCAGACGCCGCCGCAAUGCCUUGACAAAGGCAAAGAAGAUAAUGCUGGCCCGCUUCCACGCAUCGGCGAUAUUCUCGAACGCUUGGGCGGCGCCCAGUAUUUCUCCAAGUUGGACCUCAAGGCCGGUUACCACCAGCUCGAGAUCCAUCCAAGAGAUCGGUACAAAACCCCGUUCAAGACACGGUACGGGCACUUCGAGUGGGUCGUAAUGCUAUUCGGCCUCACGAAUGCCCCGACCACCUUCCAAGCGGCAAUGACAACGGAGUUUCGCGACAUGUUGGACCGGUUCGUGUUCAUCUACCUCGAUGACAUCUUGGUGUAUAGCCGAACUUUGGACGAGCACAUCGUGCAUCUACGUGCUGUUUUGGACAGGCUUCAUACGACCAAGUACAAGGCCCACCGAGCCAAGUGCAAAUUCGCACAGCAGGAGUUCGAGUACUUAGGCCACUUUGUGACGCCGCAAGGCAUCAGUCCGCUUGCGGACAAGAUCAAGGCCAUUCAGGAUUGGCCGAAACCGACCAACACAAUGGAGGUUCGCUCUUUCAUGGGAUUGGUCGGGUACUACCAACGCUUCAUCGGAGGAUACGCAUGGAUCGCCGCACCUUUGUCCAGAUUGCAGUCUCCACAGGUGCCAUUCCAGUUCACCGACGAAGUUCGCAGUUCGUUCCACAAAUUGAAGACGACGUUGCUCCUCGCUCCUGUCUUGAGUAUCUACGAUCCCACCUUGCCUACGAGAGUGACUACGAACGCUUCCGGCUACGACAUGGGUGCAGUUUUGGAACAACACAACGGAGUAGAUUGGCACCCGGUUGAGUACUUCAGCCAAAAGGUGCCUCCCAUCAACUCGGUUGAUGAUGCGCGGAAGAAGCAGUUGCUCGCGUUCGUCACGGUACUCAAGCGUUGGCAACACUUCCUCCUCGGGCGUCGUAGGUUCACUUGGGUGACGGAUAAUAACCCAUUGACCUACUACAAGACGCAAAACAUGGUGAGCAGCACGAUUGCUCGGUGGAUGUACUUCAUCGAUCAGUUCAACUUCACACCAAAACACAUUCCGAGCCUCCCCAACCGAGCCGCGGAUGCUCUCUCGUGACUCACCACGCGUUCAGUUUCGACGAAGCCCUUCAUCAACAUUUUGUGCGAGCAUACAAGUCCGAUCCAGAAUACGCGACGCUUUACAAGCA